AUGCUGUCAAGAGAAACCAGUUUAGCUAGGGAGUUCAACAACGACAUUUAUAGCCAGUACUUAUGUCAUCCGCCACCAAGUUUAAACACCUUGAAAAGCACAGUCAUCUACCCAGCCACUGCUAAACACUUGGAAAAAUAUUCUGCACAAGAUGUGCAUUUUAUUUAUGAAACACCAUCUGAUUAUGAAACAAUCACUCUACCAUUUAUUGAAGAACAAUCUUUCAGUAUUCAGGUAUGUCUAGAAGCAACUAGUCUGUGGAUCAUGUGUGGAUUGUGAGUUCAGUACAAAAUGUAUUAAGUUGUAAACAGUUAUUUAAAUGAACUUUAGUGGACUGGGUUUUUCCAUAUUCCAAAGAAAUGGUCAGAUUUUUGUGGAGACAAUCAAACAAACAAACAAACAAAUAAAUGACCCUUUAAGGUGGUAAAAGUUAAUACUUAAACUAUCGUUUUCCUGAAAAGCUAAGGCCAGACCUUCAUACAUGUUUAAGCUUCCUUUAUUGGUGCCCAUACUAUGGGAAAAUAAAACUCAAACCCAUUCUUCUUACUUAAAACUUCACAUAUUGGCCAUGUAGGCUGCGAGUGGUUGUCCUUUUCCCCCCAGAGCCUCGUGCGGCAAACAAAAAGUAAAUGUUUUUUAUAACUGCAAAUAUGAUCUCAGAAGAAAAAAAAAUAUAUUAUUGCUUUACCCCACCCCCAAAGCCUACAUGUACCUCAAACUUUCUAAUUACAUCAGUCAGGUAUAGUGUGGCUAAACUAUGUAAUGGCCUGCCCAAAUAGAUCAGGGUGAAGCAAAGCUUAGCUUCCUUCAAGAAGGGGCUUAAAAAGUGAUAACCCAGAUGUAAAUAUUGUAAAUAGAAAUUAGAUAUUGCAAAUACAAAUGUAAAGAUUGAAACAUUGUAAAUAGAAAACUGUAGAUAAAAACCUGUAAAUAGUAAAAUGUAAAUAAUUUUGUGCAAAGUCAACCUGGUGAAUGUUUUUCGUCUCUUUUCCUUAUUUACUAUCUAUUCAGUUUGAGUUAUAUUAUACACGACCACAUCAGCUAUGCUGUAAAAUUAUCGUGUUUAUAUAAAGAUGUUGUUGUUGUUAUUGUGCCCUCAAAUGACUUUGACUCAAAAGAAAAAUAAGAGACUGCUGACAGUCUAUCGGCCGUGGGUACUUUACGUGCAAAAUUAACUGCUUUUUUCUAAGUCUCUUUUCUUUGUCUUUUUUUACAGUGGGUAUACAACAUUCUGGAAAAGAAAGCUGAGGAGGAGCGUGUUGUGUUUGAGGACCCAGAUCCUGUUACUGGAUUUGUUUUGUUGCCAGAUUUGAAAUGGGAUCAAAAGCAGUUGGAAAACCUGUAUCUAGUGGCUAUUUGCCAUGCACAUGGGAUAAAAUCACUUAGAGAUCUCAACAAAUCACACCUUCCUUUAUUAAAGAAUAUCCUGUUGAAAGGACAGGUAAAAUUUUUUCUUUUUGUCUUCAGUACUAUAUUAUGUAAACGAUGUACAUCUUCCCAUUAGCAUGACAUCGUGGUGAGGUCACUCUCGCCCCCCACUAUCGAUCAAUGUGGUGCCAUUGUUGGUUGUCCCUUUUGCAAACAACACCAAUUUAAGCACUGAAGCUCACAUACCAACUUGGCAAUAUGGCCAGUACGUUACGCAUGCACACAAGCAUAUCACCCCAGUGGUGGCAGCCAUGGACAGCUGUUUCGUCCUCAUUAGGACUCAUGAACAUGGCAUAGCCCCAGGCGAGAGGUUUCACUUGCGAUCAUCCACCCCGCCGGUUACUACCGAGGCGAGUGCAAAUAUGCAGUGCUAAUGUUGGUAUUGUGUCUUCUGCUCCAGUAGGUUGUUUUCAACUGUCUCUAUUUUUAAUGUAAGCUGAUGUCACCUGUUGAUAUUAAUGUGGCAACCAGAAGUGCAUUGGUUCUUAAAACAAAAGAUUCCUUUGUUUCACUUAUGACAAAUUUAAAAUAUAACAAAAACAACGUUUUUAUACAGUGAUGUCUCCUAUGAGCGCCGCCUCUGAAAAGGUGUGCACCGUGAUUUCCAAAAUUCAUUAAGUACUGAGGCGGUUAUUUAAGUAAAUUCUACUGUAAUCUUACCUCCCAGUUCAUUCUAUUAUGAGAUGUGGGAAAUAAGGAUUCCAAUAAAUGUUCGUAAAAGUGGUUGAACGGUGUGGGUGAAAAACUGACCAUACUAAAGCUCAAGACAGGUUAGCCUGCGGCGGCAAUCAUAGAAAGAUGAGAGGCGCCUGUAUGGUAUCUUGUCAUCUCGCCAACAAGAAUAGAACUUGGUUUAGCAUUGUUUUAAACAUUCAUGAAGGGAAUUUUCUUAACCAUUACUUUAUUUUCAUAUUUUAAAGAGAUGACUAGUGUUUGUGAAACGUUUCUGCCAGUUUUUUAAUCUCUCAAAAGUCAAAGCUGACUGACGUUCGACGUUCGUAUUUGGGUCGACUUCAAAUUCGAAUAAGCUUGACGAAAAAGUAAAAAUUGUAGUUAAGUAAUCCUGGGUAUUAAACUGUGUCAAUUCUUUCAGAGUUAUUUGUUGGUGGCGAGUCGAAUUCUUGGUGGCGAUUUCGUCGGUGGCGAGUCGAGUUCUUGGUGGCGAGAUUAUCGUAAACCUCGAGGUCAAGUCUGUGUUCAGACGCCCCCUCCCCGAAAAAAAAAAAUUGGGCAGGGGGCGUCUAUACACAGGCUGAUCGAGGUUUGGGCUAACAAAACAAAUCAUUUCCAUGAACAUGUCCUCUUAAUGAAACAAGGUCGAGACGUUGUUUCAUUGGUUUUGCUCGCAGUUUUGCUCUUUUCUAUCACCCCAUGCGAGUUCACUUUAUUUCUAAGUUUGUAUCAUUUCGAUCCAUUUUUUUGUCAUUUAUGUAUUUAGUUAUUUAUUUUCUUUCAGGAAGCAAUAAAGGAGAAGUACGGUGUUGCCUCGGAUCAUCUGCGGAUUUACGUGCAUUACCAGCCUUCAUAUUAUCACUUUCAUGUACAUUUUACACACCUGAGAUACGACGCUCCUGGAUGCGGAACAGGCAGAGCGCAUCUUUUACAAGAUGUUAUUGACAACAUCGAGAACAUUGAUUCGGAUUAUUACUCUAAGAAAACACUGGCGUCUGUUUAUAAAGCAAAUGAUAAACUUUACAAAAGGUUUAAGUCUGUUAAAGGUGUUGAAGGUGAAGACGGUGGUAGAGAUGUUAACAGCGAAAAUGUUGUAUAA